GUUACCCAUGUUUACCUUACUCUGCUUUGCCACUGGUCAUUGUUAUCGUCGCCACACCGCGAUGUUUUCGCGCAAUACUUCAUGUUCAGGAACCACAACGUAUCCUUGACAGACAUUCAGCAAAUAUCCUCCCAAGGACGCUUAAUUGCGCUGCGCAACGAGUCUGUGGUUCUAAUUUCCGUUAGUCGCAGUAUGCAACGGCGGCGAGGACGAGUCGCACCACUUGGAAAGUGAGGUCUUUUAAAUUUAUUGAAAAAUCCAGAGAAACUCAUAAAAGAGACUAUAUUCAAAGAUAGUGCAAUAUACUUGACUGACGAGCAGCUUUUUGAAUUGAAAACCUUUCCAAAGCUUUCUCUCUAGGAUUUUUCAAGGAUUUAAUCGGCCGACAUUUUCAGUUUAGCGUGCGCUACGAAAAGAGGGAAAUCACGCAGAUAAGAUGAAAACCAUCUGGGUAAUCGGUGGGCCAGGUUGCGGCAAAGGAACGCAGUGCGACCGUAUGAUCUCAAAGUAUGGAUUUCUUCAUUUGAGUAGCGGCGACUUGCUGAGAGCAGAAGUCGCCAGUGGUAGCGAGAGAGGUGCAUCGCUUCAGGAUCUGAUGUCCAAGGGACUAUUCGUGCCAACGGACAUUGUGCUGGACCUCAUAAAGGAACAGAUGGACAAAGCUCGCGAGGAGGGAAGCACGAAGACUGGCUUUCUCAUCGAUGGCUAUCCUCGAGAAAAGGAUCAAGGAAUUCUCUUCGAAGAAAACGUUUGCCCCGUCGACUUAAUUCUCUUCUUCGAUGUAGCGAACGACACUUUGAAAAAAAGACUCCUUGGACGUGCUGCUGUGUCCCAAAGAUCAGAUGACAAUGAGGAGACGAUCAAAAAGAGAAUCGAGAUAUUCAAUGCAAAGAACAGCGAGAUCGUCGCGCACUACAAAGAUAAAGUUGUCAGAAUCAAUGCGGAAGGAACGGUGGAGGAAAUAUUCGCAGAGGUAACGAAAGCGCUAGACGCUUUAUUAGCUUAGAUAAAUUGCUCUGUAAAUUUUUGAAGAGCCAUAAGAGAUUUGUUGCUCUUUGAAAACAGAUCGUUACCAAAGUUUAUUACAGUCUAGAUGGUGUUGGACACUUGCUUAAACAAAAUAUACACAUACAAACACGUACAUUAGGUACGUUUAAUUGUUAAUUGUUGAAUAAAAUUGAAGACGUAGAAGACGCUUUAAGACUGUGACUUGCAAGAA